UAGAAGUGUCGCUUCCAGCGAAUUGACCACAUUGACCUUCGUCUUCCAUCCCAAUUGCACCUAUGUCCACAGUUUCUACAUCCGUACUUCCCGGUACCGAGGGUCUCGUUCUCUGUUGUUUUCAGCUCUUCCUUCAAACUUCAAACUUCAAAGUUCAGACCUCUCACCAUCAAUUUCAGCUGCACAACCUCUUCCGUUUUCACUCUUGAAUCUGAAAUUCGAUUCGGUUCAUGCUAUCUUACAAAUUACAGACUUGAACUUGAACGUCUGAUAUGUUUGUUGCGGUGGAUGAUUGGGAUUAUGAGUGUUUUGAAUCGGGGCAUUUCAAUAACGACGACGACGUCCUUCAAUCGAAGGUCCAUCAGUGUUGCGAGUCCUAAAGCUAACCGAUUCAGACGGCUCUGGCUCUCCCGGUGGUUUCACGUUCACGUGCUUGUGAUUGUUGGGUCCCUAAUUUCAUUCUUCGUGGCCACUGGUGUAGGAUAUCUGUACUUACUCCCUAACCUUAGCCACGCUAUCUUUCACGACCAGCGUGUCUCCAACUUUAACAGAUCGUUAAAAAGCUGUGAUGUUUAUGAGGGAAGGUGGGUCCAGGAGCCGCCGUUCCCAUUGUACAAUGCGUCAGAGUGCCCUUUUGUAGAACGAGGAUUCAAUUGCUUCGCUAAUGGACGAAAAGACUCGAGUUAUCUUAAUUGGAGGUGGAAACCCAAUGAUUGUGAUAUUCCGAGGUUUGAUGCAAGUAGUGUUCUGGAGAUGUUUCGAGGCAAGAGAAUUGUUUUCGUUGGCGAUUCUAUGAGUAGGACUCAAUGGGAGUCACUGAUAUGUAUGCUGAUGACUGGUGUAAGAGAUAAACAGAGCGUUUAUGAAGUAAACCAAAAUAAGAUAUCAAAGAGAAUUAGAUUCUUAGGCGUUCGGUUCAGUGCCUUCAAUUUUACCAUUGAAUUUUUUCGAUCGGUUUUCCUAGUACAACCAGGUCCGGUACCUAAACAUGCACCAAAGAGGGUUAAAUCAACGCUUAGAUUGGACAGGUUGGAUGAUAUUAGUGACCGGUGGGUUGAUUCUGAUGUUCUUAUAUUCAACACUGGGCAUUGGUGGGUGCCAUCUAAACUUUUUGACGCGGGUUGCUAUUUCCAACUCGGAAGGUCAUUGAAAAUUGGGAUGUCAAUUCCUAUCGCCUUCAAAACGGCACUUGGCACUUGGGCGUCAUGGAUAGAGAGAAAUAUCAACAAAAAUAGAACACGUGUCUUCUUUAGGACUUAUGAGCCAUCCCACUGGAGUGAUCAACCUCAGUGGACUUGCACCGUGACCCAGUACCCCAUGCUAGAAACUGAUGGAAGGGACCAAAGUUUGUUUUCAGACAUAGUUUCUGAAGUAGUAAAAAAUGUCACAGUUCCCAUCAAUGUUCUUCAUGUCACAUCUAUGACAGCUUUUCGAAGUGAUGCACAUGUUGGUAACUGGAGUGAUAAUCCAUCUAUCCAAGAUUGUAGCCACUGGUGUCUACCUGGAGUACCUGAUACGUGGAAUGAAAUUAUCCUUUCACAACUAUCUACCAAUUAUGAAUUUCGUUUCCAGCACAUGAAAUCAUAGAGUUGACUAUACUUCUGGCUGCAAAUUAAAGAUUGGCUUUCUUUGAUUUGUAUUUUGACUAGCAUACCUCACAGUUCAGACUCUAUGGCUGAACCAGAGCUCACUCACAACCUGACAUUAUCACCCUGGGAAGCUACUGUUCAUUCAGAGAUUGCUACUGCCCUACAGCCAUCUUCCGUUAGUGUUCUAUGUACUGCUUUAGAUUUUACCUGUUUUCCUAAGAGCAAGCGACAAGUGCACCUUUUUUUUUUUUUGGAAUGAAAACUGGAAACUCCUAUUCACUAAAAAGGAACAAUUACAAGCAAAGCUGCAAGGACCAUUCUUUCAUUAUUCUCCAUCUUCUACAAGUGCACAGUUCAGUUCCACCAGAUUCACCAAAACUUAAUGUAAUAGGGAUCGAGGCAUAUAUAUAUAUAUAUAUAUAUUGCCUUUUAUUCUUUGUCCAAUUCUUUGUAUCUAUCUCAUAAUGGAAAGAGUGUUUUGGACGUAACGAUUUUGUCUGGAUGUAAUGGCUCUUGUUUUGGUCAUGAUGAUGUUAUAGCCACCAUAAAA